CGUAACACUCAGCUACGCCGUCCCUGCUCGUCACUCCCCUCCUCAAGGCGUCGACGUGACGCGUCAUCGCGCUUACGUGCCGUCGUAGCCUCGCGCGAUGAGACUUCGGGGUGUGACGUCGGGAUUUCCUGUAAAACAGGAGCCAAGGAGCUCGCGAUUAACAGCGGUGCGGGGCGUUCCAGUAUGACUGCCACAGCGGCCGUGAGUCCAAGCGAGUACCUCCAGCCAGCUGCCAGUUCUGGGCAGGAUGCACAGCCCUCACCCCUGGCUCUCCUCGCAGCCACAUGCAGUAAGAUUGGGCCCCCGGCUGUUGAAUCUACUGUGACGUCUGCAACACCACCUCAACCCGCUCGCAAGAGAUUGGUACCUAUUAAGCCCGCCCCUUUACCCCUAAGUCCUGGCAAGGCUAGCAUUGGGCUGUUUUCUCCUUCCAAAGGAAAUAUUAUUCAACUUCAAGCUCCCCAAUUAAACACAGUGGGCACAGGGAAUGGGCAGCUCAUCUUCACCAUCCAGAACCCAGGGGGCAAGAUUGGACGAUACCAGACGUUACAGAGUACCAACCAGGGUCUGCAGAACAGCUUUGGUAAUCAAAUCCAGCUCAUAAGUGAUAGUGGGACAGCUCUUCUUGCCCCCAGCACUAACACAUCAAAACAUGUGCCCAUCAAGCCUGCACCUCCUCAACCAAGCAAUACCCUGGUUAAAGUGCCAAAUAAUCCUGCCACUGGCCUCACCCUUACACUGCCCAUCAGUAAUCUGUCAGACUCCACCACAGAUACUGGCACUCCGCUUGUCUCAGGGAAGCAGAACAAAAAAGUCCGGAAGAAGCCACUGCCCUCAGUAGCAGUUCCUGGUUCCCCCUCUCAAGAUCAGGUGGAGACCGUUGUGAUCGAGACUACAGCAGAGAACAUUUUGCAAGCAGGUAACAACCUGUUAAUUGUACAGAGCCCCGGCACUGGCCAGCACGCUGUUCUUCAAAUGAUGCAGCCCAAGACGGAUACACAACUAGUGCAGAUCCCCCAGCAAGCUCUAAGAGUAGUACAGGCUGCUUCAGCAACAUUACCCACUGUUCCACAGAAACAAGUGCAGAGUCAAGAUUGUACACCCACCCAGUUAUACAUCCGAACGUCAUCAGGGGAUGUCCAGGCUGUAAUGAUGCAGGAAGCUGCCCCCCAGCCUUGUUCCUCUGGUGCAGGACAUGUAGUAACACAGACUGGGACUCCCACAAAGAAGAACCCUAUGCGCAAAGAGCGGUCCCUGGCGAAAAUUGCUCCAGCAGGGGGUCUUAUUAACCUGAAUACAACACAACUCACGGCUGCAGCCCAGAGUAUACAGACCAUCAAUAUCAAUGGGGUUUCAAUGCAGAUGCCUGUCACAAUUACCAGCACUCCAGGGCAGCCACAGCUGAGCGUGCAGAAUGUCUCCAGCAGUAACGUGGCCAUCAGUGGGCUUAGUCCCUCACAGAUUCAGCUGCAGAUGGAACAGGCCUUGUCCGGAGAGCUCCAGCCUGGGGAGAAACGGAGACGAGUCGCCUGCACCUGCCCAAACUGCAAAGACGGUGAAAAGGGCAGGUGGGGCCCCCCUGGAAGAAAAAGACACGUGUGUCACAUUCCUGAGUGUGGGAGAACGUUCCGCAAGACAUCCCUCUUGAGAGCCCAUGUCCGUCUGCAUACUGGGGAGCGGCCGUUCGUGUGCAAUUGGGGAUUCUGUACUAAGAGGUUCACCCGCAGCGACGAGCUGCAACGACAUGCACGCACGCACACAGGUGACAAACGCUUUGAAUGCCCUCAGUGCCAGAAGAGGUUCACAAGGAGCGACCAUGUCUCCAAGCACUUCAAGACACACCUUGCCACAAAGAAGCUGUGAUGGCAAUCCUCGGACUCACACCAUUGAACUCCACUUGGGAAUCCCCAUAACCACACACGUGGGUCAUUUAGCCUGAAAUUUGUUGGAACACAAUGCUUGGCCAUUGGGAUUCCCAGUAGAUAAAGGCACCGAUACUCUUGCAUUGGUCAGGGGGAGGGGCGCAGGUAGAAUGAUUGGUAGUGAGGGAAGCAGGAGAGUAAAACCAUCCUUCCUGCACUCACCCCCCUCUCUAGACCAGGGGUCCCCAAACUUUUUUUUUACCCAUGAGCCACACUCAAGUUUAAAAUAACGUUGGAGAGCAACACAAGCAUGCAAAAAGAUCUUGGGGCUUCCAAAUAAGGGCUGUGAUUGGGUAUAGGUAGCCCUUAUGUGGACUUGCAUCCAACAUGAGGCUCUGUUUGGCAGUAUACAUGUUUUUUAUGCAACUAAAGCUUGCUUUUAAGUCAGGAAUUUAAAAAGAAGCACCUGCUUGGAGGCCACUGGGAGCAACAUCCAAGGGGUCGAAGAGCAACAUGUUGCUCACGAGCUACUGGUUGGGGAUCACUGCUCUAGACAACAUUUUCGGUUCCGUUGUAAGGGACCGUGGAGAAAAACAUUUUGCACAGACUAUGAAGGACUUCUGGGAGUCAGAAGACCAAGGAGAGGCACAAUAGCAUCAUGUGACACCAGCCAGGCUAGAACAUUCCCCGUUUUGUACUGCUUACCCCCUGCAGGAAGGUGCCUUAUUAUUUCCCAUCUACCAGUCAUUUUAUGUUCAAGAAUAUUUGUGCAAUGCUUUCCCCACAAAAUCCUGCUCAGGAGGAGCCAAAAAAAAAAAGGGUCAGGCAGGUGUAACAGGAUAAGCCCCUCCUUCUGUGAUUUCCUUUUGAGGCAGCUAUAGCUUGAACUCCCUCCCUUAACACAGAUUUACCCAAGCGCUCCACAAGGCUGGCUUUUUCUGACCUAUUAAAUUACAGGGGGACUACG